AAGAAGGGUCCUCGGGUUGCACGAUUUGUUUGGGUUCUGUUUGUGGCAGAACCCCGGAGCGCAGAGAUGUGGGGGAAAACCUCGAAACGCUGCAGCGUCGUGGGCUGUAGGCAGGAGAAUGUCUCCUUACAUACUCUCCCCAAACACCCGACCAUCAGAGACGAGUGGCUGAAGUUCAUCUUCGAGGAGAUUCCGCAGAGUUUCAGCCCCAACCUGACCAUCUGCUCGGCUCACUUCAGCGCCGACUGCUUUCUCAACCAGGAACAAUACAAUGCGGGGUUUGCCAAAAAGUUGCUGCUGAAAGAGGGGGCGAUUCCAGAUCUGUUAACCUCCGUCUCAAAGCCGCAACAUUACGGCCGACAAAUGGAGCGGGCCGCUGGGAAUUCUGGUAGUCCCGAUGGCCAGUCCAUCCUUGUACUUAAAUGUGAGGAUGACGACUCUUUCUGGCUGAAUGACGGCUCUCAAAGUGAAUCACCACGAACACGUGACGUUGGGCUGCAGUGUGAUCCCGUGCCGAAGCUUGUUAGGACUGUAGGAACACAGCUGUCGGCCAGCACGCUGAUACACAAACGAAGCCAGGGUGUUUUGGUUGCUCCUAAGACCAGAGAGACUGGUGUUGGCACAAACAGGCAGGUGAGCCCGCACUUUAGUGAGCUGGCAUCAACCCACACGAAAGACGAUCAACCUGCAGCAGUGUUCUAUGAUGAAUCCCCAUCUACACCUCCUCAGCUUAUUGAGACAGCCGUAUCCCCACUGAGCCCCGAAGAGCAUUCUCCAGUGGAGAUAGUGGUGAAAGCAGAAGACGUUUCAUCCGAAGAAGAGGCUGAGGAGGAUGAUGCCUCAAGCGACGUGGAGGACAGCGUACAAGCCGACCCAGAUGAUCCAGAAUACUUACCCGGUUCCCCAGAUCAGAGCUCGGAGAGCUGUAAGGAAGAUGAGAAUGAUGAGGAGUCCACCUCCCAUAAACCCUUUCAGAACACCUUGCGACCACUUGCUUGGUGUUUGCACUGUGAGGCUCAUGCUGGAGCGUCUUGUAUGAUUAAGAAGCACCAAAGGAUCUACGGCUGUCCACAGUGUGUUUCUGAGGACACUGUUGAGAUCCAGUGUUUGGAGGACUUGCCUGUUCGCUUUGAAAAUAGAAUCAGCUUCCAUAAACAUGCCAUUACUGUACAUGGUGUACCAGAGCAACCGCCCGAGUUCAAGACUUGUGAAGACUGCAAUAAGUUAAACAGGGUGGAAGAUGAGCACCACGUGUGCGAAUGCAAGAUAAAGGUGUUCUCCUGUGAGCUGUGUUCCAAACGUUUCCUAACAGAGAACGGUCGAAAGGUCCAUUAUCGCAGACUCCAUGGGAACUAUACACAUUUCUGUAAGUACUGCAUGAUAAACUUUACUACAAAAGAGUCCAAGCUUCAGCACGAGCAGGUUCACAAUACACGAGGUUUACCGUAUAGCUGUCCGAGCUGUUCGAUGAGAUUUAAAGACUUUCAUGAACGAAACACUCACCUUAAAAGCCACGGUGGUCAGAAAGGGUACCUUUGUAGCACAUGUGGCAUGAAGUUCUCCAAGGCGACGAGUUAUGAGAGGCACCUGCUCAUCCACUCGGGAGAAAAGCCCUACAGGUGUGAUGUGUGUGAGCGUUCCUUCAACCAGGCCGGCCACCUGAAGUCCCACAUGCGUCUCCACACAGGAGAGAAGCCCUUCAUGUGUGAGCAGUGUGGAGAGUGUUUCAACCACAACGUCAGCCUGAAGAACCACCUGCAGCGACAACACGGCAUCGACACUAAGUAUCUACCGACAAAGGAGGGAAAACGAAUAGGUAGACCGUUCAGUGAUGUUCCUCUGAAAAGGAGAUUUAAGGAGUGUCAUAAAAAUAUCUUAGAGCACUGCUCCUCUGCUCCUGCUGAUGAGCUGGAGGGUGAGGAUGCAAUGUGUGAUCCGGACUCAGAAGAGAGCCAGGAGUUGUGAUUUUGAUGCAAGGGAAGCAAUAAGGAAGUUGGAAAAGGAAAGCUUUGACGAAGAGCACGCAAAGUAAAAGAGAGAAAGCAUGGCAGUGUGUAGCGUGAGUUCUGAUGUACCCAAGUCCUAUAAACUAAUUUAUCUGUUCUGUGUUGUUCUGGACAUUCACAACUGACAUGAGACUAGAAAACUGCUGGUUGUUCAAAACCUUUUACUCAAAAUUGAGUUAUUUUUAACUUUUACAAAACAGGCUCUAAACAGGUUUCCGUAUGUAAUCCCUUUGUGGUAUUUUAUUAUAUUUUAUUUUUAUUACAUCACUUAAACAUUCUCUUUGUGACAUCACUGUACAUUUAAAAAAAAACACCAAUAUUUUUCGAUUUCCACUGUUUAUCCUACACAGAAAAGAUGUAACUGCUUAGACUUUCUUUCUUGGCUAGAAUCCACUGUUUUCGCACUUCUGUUGUCAUGUUCGAAAGUUAGCCAAGCGCUUAAUUUGAUUUUAUUUUUCUUCUUAUUUUUUAUAGGUACAUAAAAAUAUUUGGCGAGCAAGUAUAUGAGGGGUAGAAUAUUCAGUCAGUUCUUAUUGUCAGUUCUAACGGUUCCUUCUUCCUAAUUUCUACUCUUGCGGGCCAGACAUGAUCUUAUAAUAGGAACGUCUGGAGACAACCAUGAGAAAUUCUCAUAGGCUUAUUAAGGUGGGAGCAGAAUGAGUGUGAAAUUUCUAAACAAUUCCAUUGCCUCAUGAAGCAGGUGCUGAAAGUAGGGGUGACGGUGUGCCCAUUAACAUUGUCUAGCAGACAACAAGCCUGUCAUAAGCACAUGGAUACGAGAUGUCCCACCAAAAAACUCAAGUCAAUCCCUUUAAAUUCCAGGCCUAUUACACACUAAGGCUUAUUAUGCAGUAACUACAGGUACUUCAGUGCGAACUGGCUGAGCUAUUCUUAGGUUAUAGAAGUGUGUAAUAAAAUUUUGGGCCCUGACCAAUUAAGGGAUUAAACAUCUGAUCACGUGUGCAGAAAAUACAUUACAUAUGAACUAUCUUUACUUCUUGCAGGGUAAAACUGUUAGCUAGCAAUAGUUAUAAGUUCAUGUCUGCUCCUGCUCUGGAUCCUCUGGUUCCUGCGCGUCUGGACCCUCUAUGUAGUGCUUCUCCUUUAUACUGUAGCUCUUAGGUUCCCAGCCCUGAGCCAAAAGAACCCCCUUCCCUCCGUGCUCAAACACACUUAAUUCAACUUACUAGUUCAUGAACUAGUGGGUAUAGUAGAGCAGGAAGUUUCAGGGGUUUAGGAGAGUUGGGAAUCUGGACUAUGAGUCAGAUUUCUGGUCUUGACUUUAGAAUCACUUUUUGUUAAUUUGUUAUCGAAUAGGGGUUUUCAGCUCCAGUCCUGGGGACCUAAAGCUCUGUACAGUCUCAAGUUUUCACUUCUCCAACACACCUGAUCCAGCUCAGGAAAGGCUUGAUGAUUAGCUGAUGAAUUGGAUCAGUUACAUCACUUGUUCAGUAAACUACUAGUAAUUACAAAAUCCAGAACCAGACAUUGGAUUCAUGGUAUUGCAUUAAAUGUUUCUGCUCUGGUAAACGAAAAUAGAAAAUACAGUUAAGGCAUGACACUAACAAAUGUGCAAGCUAGUAGUAAAUGGAAGUAGGUAGUUGCAAGUGCAUACAUUGUACCUACCCUCAUUACCAUUUUGUCAGAUACAGCUACCAUAUUGGUGCACAGCUACUGGCUGUAGCCCAUCUACUGCUGAGAAAAGUUUGUCAGACACCCUCUACCAUGUCCAUCAAUGGAAAGGGUCCACCAUAGGAACACCUUUAACCAGAUAUUAUUGGGGUGGUGGGCCAUUCUCAGCACAACAAAUUGACAUCCUUAUUAGAUAAUAUAGCUAAUAUAUUUACUGGUAACUCUACAAACUAAUGUUUUUAUGUUUUUUUCUUUUCUUCUUUUAUCCCAUGCAGUGUUCAGAGCAGGUGGUUUCACAGGAGAUGCCAUUAUGGCUUCAGAGUUCAGAAUAACACUAAGACCCAGGGCACAUUUAAAUGGGAAAUGGAACAUACAACAGUAACCAUCUUUGUGAUGGUUGAUUCUUGAACGAAGCUUUACAAACAACUCAUAAGUCUCUCAUCUGCUCAAACAAGCACAAGCUUGAUAAGCUAAUUUGUUUUUCAUAGCGCCUUCCGUGUUUUUCUGGCUACAUGUCUCUCAACAUUUGACUAAAAUUUACAUGCCACAUACAUUUCUUAGAUGAACACACGCCACUACUCUGGCGACAAAAACAGUAUGCACAGUUCCUCCAGAGUAAGGGAGCAGAGUGGAUGUUGGCAGUACCUUAAUGUUUACUUUAAUUUCUAGCAUUAAUUUCUCCUCCUCUUUGAUCACAAAACAGCUUACUUUAGUACAAGUACUAAAGGAUUCAGAAUGAAAUACUUUUUCCAGCAUACCAUAAUAUCAGAAUAAAUGAUAAGACAUUAAUUUAUCAGUUUGACUCCUUUUAGUAACUCAUCCUUUUUGAUUCUUGCUAAUGAGGGACAUAGGCUGUGCACAAAUCAGAGACCACCCUUCGGUUAUUUAAUUUCUUUUCAAAAAAGCCAUUAAACAUAACUUGUUUUUUCAGGAAAUAUUUCAGAGGAGGAUUAGAUAUAAAAUAACCCACUUGCAUCAGUAAAAGGAAAAUAAGUGAAAAUCAGGAGUUUCCAAAACUAGAGUUAAAAGCUACAGAGAAAAUGUGACUCCUAACAACCACCUGGAAGACCUGGUAGACACCGAAACUGCCCCCAUCAGAUAAAGAGCACAGAUAAAGCGUUCGUUUUUGAGGGAGAGGAGAAAAUCAAGCUGCUUCAGAUCUGAAAACAUCCACAGGUGUUUCUGUCCAUCCUUCCACUGUGAAAAGACAACGCUAUCUAUAUUUGAACCUGAAUGGACAUGUUGGGUCUGAAAGGUGUGCAGAUGUCAGAAAGCCAAAAAACAAUAGACUGGCUACCCCGGAGUCCAGACCUCAGCAUCACUGAAUGUGUUUGCAAUUUCUUGGAUUAUAAAAAGCAGAAAAUGCAAAACCAACUUCUAAGACUGAACUUUGGAGGUUUCUAUGAAAUAAAAGUGUCUUGCCUGUAAUGGCCGUUUUUACUGGAAAUUAAACAAAUGAAGGGUCUCUGACUCGUACUCUACCGUCAUUGAACACCAAACUGACAACUUUGAUUAACUCCUCCAUGAAUGUCAGAAAUGUGCGUUAAAUUAUCAACAAUGUCUUUAACAGUAGGCCUGGCAUACAAUUUGAUCAUUUUUACAAAAUACAAAAACAAACCACAAAUAUUCCCUUAAUACAAACUCAACAUUUUGUUUCUUUGAUCUCAUGCUUCUAUGUAAAAGCCUGGUACAUUUUAAACUAUUUUAAUGUGACGAUUGUGUAAACAGAGAUUAUCCCACAUGCUUUUUCUUUUUAUUGCAUAUGUAUGUAGUCUUUCAGUAGUCUUAUCUAAAAUAUCUUGCAGUUGACAAAGAUAUGCAAAACUCAUCUUAAUCCUGUCUUAUUUUGCUAUGUAUAAAGAACGAAAUAAAAAUGGCCAAAAAAACAA